CUGUGCAUGUGUAUGAAUGGGGGUCGGAGCAGUGGGGCGAAUGAACAGGAUGAUUUUAUGCUUCUUGCAGGCCCUCUGAAUGAGCACGGGGUCAGAACUUUCGGCAGUGAGGAGAAUGGAGCCUUUGACUGCAGCCAUCCUAAGCCGACUGGUUUUAAACAGUACUUCCAGUACCUCCAGAGCAAAGGAGUGACCCACUUCAAAGUGCCACUGUCAUGGGCUCAACUCCUCCCCACAGGGCUCCCCAACGAGCCCCAUCAGGAGGUGGUCAGGUGUUACCAGACCCUGCUGGAGCAGCUGCUGGAGGUGGGCCUUCAGCCUCUUGUUGUCAUUCAUGGAUCCACAGUUCCAGUUGCACUGAAGUCCAGGUAUGGAGGCUGGGAGAACCAAGGGCUGGUAGAGAGGUUUCAGCAGUAUGCUGAGUUUGCCUUCAAAGAAUUUGCCCCAUUGGCUCGUUCGUGGGUCACAUUUAGUGAUUUGGAUGGAGUCUUAGAAGAAGUGCAGGCUACAGAUGCGCCCAGUGUUCUGCAAAGUAUCGUCCAGCUCAGUGAGAACCUUUACCAGUUUUACCAUCAAAACUUUCCUGAUAAAGGGAGAUAUCUGUCAUUUGGGCUGAAAGCAAGAGAUUUGGCUAAACUUUCCCAUAUUAAAGCUUCAACAUCUGCUGAUUUCUUGUCAGUUCACAUUGAAUAUAACUGUGACUCCUCAGAAAACUUCCCAAUGGAGUUGAAAAACUUACAGAUAUCCAGUGGAAACUUGCCCAUCCUGAUAUACAAGAUGAACAUUUAUGGUUGCUUUCAGAAGCAACAUCAGCCUCUUGGAGAUUUACUGCAGAUUAUACAGAGUGAAAACUUGAAUCUUCUUGGAUGUGACAUGAAGGAUAUGCUGGAUGAGCUGGACAUACAUAAUGUUCCAAUUGAUCGUUCAAAUUUGAUCAAAAAAGUGAAAUCCACAAAUAACUAUGAGACCAUCUGGCAAAAGUUUGGAGCCCAAGCCAGUGCUGAACGAGACCUGUUCCUCAGGGAAUCGUUCCCCUCUGGCUUCCAAUGGGCCACCUCUACAGAGUCUUUCAAGGUUGAAGGUGGAUGGUUAGAAGGUGGAAAGGGAGAGACCAUUUGGGAUCAUUUUGGUCAUGACGGCCAGGUUUUUGAAAACCAGACUGCUGACCUAGCUUGUGACAGUUACAACAAGGUUGAUUAUGAUGUCUACCUCCUGCGAGGCCUUCAAGUCAAUACCUACCAGUUUUCUAUCUCCUGGGCUCGUAUUUUCCCUUUAGGCCACAGAGACAGCCAGUCAAAGAAAGGAACAAUGUAUUAUGACAAGCUCAUCAACACUCUUAUUGACUCUGGUAUACAACCUGUUGCUACUCUCUACCACUGGGACCUACCGCAGGCACUGCAGGACAGUGGUGGAUGGACCAAUGAAUCCAUUGUUGAAGCUUUCAAGGACUAUGCAGACUUCUGUUUUGCCAGAUUUGGAGAUAGGGUCAAGACCUGGAACACAUUCAGUAGCCCAUGGGUUGUCAGCCAUGCUGGUUAUGGCACUGGUGAGCACCCCCCUGGAAUCAAGGACUAUGCUGUUUCUUUUUAUCAGGUCACUCAUAAUUUGCUCAAGUCCCAUGCCGAAGCCUGGCAUGUUUACAACGACAAGUACAGGAACUCACAGGGAGGGAAAGUAGGUAUUGCACUGAACUCUGACUGGGCUCAGCCCGUGAACCCUUCCAAACCUGAAGAUGUCACAGCUGCAGAUCGCUACCUGCAGUUUAUGCUAGGCUGGUUUGCACAUCCCAUAUUUGUAGAUGGAGAUUAUCCUGCAGUUCUCAAAAAUCAGAUUGAACAGAAGAGAAAAGAGUGUCCUGACUCUGUGCCGGCAGUGCUCCCAACCUUUACUCCUGAAGAGAGCAAAAGGGUACUUGGAACGUCUGACUUUUUUGGUUUGAAUCAUUAUACCUCUCGUUUGGUAAACAGCAGUAAAGGAGGAUGCAACCCUGGUCCUGAGGGAGUGGGAGACUUCGAGGCACAUGUGGACCCCUCGUGGUCUACUACAGCCUCUGACUGGAUCUACUCUGCACCGUGGGGACUUCGAUCUCUUUUAAACUACAUUGCAAAAGAAUACUUGAAAGUUAUCAAAGUACCCAUCUACAUAACUGGGAAUGGGAUGCCAACAGAAUAUAGUGGUGACACCCUCAAUGACAUCAGCAGAAUAGAAUACAUGCAAAGUUACAUCAAUGAAGCCCUGAAAGCAAUUAUUAAAGAUGGACUAGAUGUGCAGCGAUUCACAGUGCAGUCUCUCAUGGAUGGAUUUGAGGGAAAACAAGGCUACAGUCAAAGAUUUGGUCUUCACCAUGUUAAUUUUGAAGAUGGAGGCAGACCCAGAACGCCAAAACAAUCUGCAUAUGUUUUCUCUCAAAUUAUUGAGCAAAACGGUUUUGUAUCACGUAAACAUGUCUUCAAAGGUUUAGGAAUGUCACAUAGUCACAGUUUCACCACACUCCCACCCUCUGAGGUCCCAUCAUUGUCAAAGGUCAUUUGGGAGAAAUUCUCCCAUCAGUCAAAAUUCCAGAGACAAAUGUAUCAUUACGGCACUUUCCCACAGGACUUCUCCUGGGGCAUUUCAUCUUCAGCUUACCAGAUUGAAGGUGGAUGGAAUGCUGAUAGGAAGGGACCAAGUGUAUGGGACACAUUCACUCAGAAGCCUGGCAAUAUUCCUGAUAAUGCUAAUGGAAAUGUAGCAUGUGACAGCUACAACAGACUUGAUGAAGACCUCUACAUGUUGAGAGCACUAAGCGUGAAAACAUACAGAUUCUCUUUGUCCUGGUCAAGAAUCUUUCCUGAUGGUAGGCGCACUUCUAUGAACCAGAAAGGUGUUGACUAUUACAACAAACUUAUUGAUGGCCUCUUGGCAUAUAAUAUUACUCCAGUGGUCACACUUUAUUACUGGGACCUUCCUCAAAGUUUGCAAAAUCUUGGUGGUUGGGAGAGUGUAGAGAUGAUUGACAUUUUUAAUGACUUCUGUGAUUUCUGUUAUACCACCUUUGGCAACAGAGUGAAAUUCUGGAUCACCCUCAACCAGCCUCAGACAAUUGCAUGGCUUGGAUAUGGACUUGGACAGAUCCCACCAAAUGUUAAGAAUCCAGGAAUUGUGCCAUACAAAGUUGCCCACAACCUAAUAAAAGCCCACGCCAAAGCUUACCAUACUUAUGAUGACAAGUACCGUACCUCUCAAGGCGGUCUGGUGUCCAUUGCCCUCAAUGCAGAUUGGGUUGAACCUAUUGAUGUUAAUGUUCCUCGGGAAGUUGUAGCUGCUGACCGCGCCAUGCAGUUUCAACUAGGUUGGUUUGCCCACCCUAUUUUCAAGAAUGGUGACUAUCCAGAGGCAAUGAAAUCACAAAUUAGAGCCAAAAGUGAACUCCAAGGUCUUUCCGAGUCAAGACUCCCUUCCUUCACAGAUGAGGAAAAGAACUUUAUCAAAGGCACUGCUGAUGUCUUCUGUGUAAAUCAUUACACUACAAAGAAAGUGAGCCAUGUUACAAGUCGGCUUUCUCCAGCAUCCUAUCAAUAUGACUGGGACUUUUCAGAAGCAGCUGAAACUGAUUCACCAGGUACAGCAAUCAAAAAUCAAAGAGCUGUAGCAUGGGGCUUGAGAAGACUCCUCAACUGGAUCAAGGAGGAGUAUGGAGACCCAGAAAUCUAUGUCACUGAAAAUGGAGUGGCUACAGAAGCGAAAACAACUUGGGAUGACACUGACAGAGUAUUUUUUUACAAGGCCUAUAUUAAUGAAGCUCUUAAAGCCAACGACCUAGAUGGAGUAAAAGUGAAAGGUUAUACGGCAACAUCACUCAUGGAUUCCUUUGAAUGGCUAAAUGGCUACAAAAUUGGGUUUGGGUUGCACCAUGUGGACUUUAAUAACCCAAAUCAGCCAAGAACACCCAAAUUUUCAGCUCAUUACUACUAUCAAGUCAUGAAGAACAAUGGUUUUCCAAUAACAGAGGAUGAGAAGGUGAUUUAUGGGCGGUUUCCAAAGGAUUUCAUUUGGAGUACUGCAACAGCAUCAUACCAGAUUGAAGGGGGGUGGAGAGCCGAUGGAAAAGGUCUUAGUAUAUGGGAUAAAUUUGCUCACACUCCUCUCAAAGUGUUUAAUGAUGACAAUGGGGACAUAGCUUGUGACAGUUACAAUAAAAUAAACGAGGAUGUUGCCAUUUUGAAGCAACUUAUGGUGACCCAUUAUCGUUUCUCUAUUUCCUGGCCACGGGUGCUUCCUGAUGGCACUACCAGUCACAUAAAUGAAGCUGGUCUAAGUUACUAUGACAGACUAGUGAAUGCACUACUUGCUGCAAACAUCCAACCUCAUAUCACUUUGUACCACUGGGACCUUCCACAAGCACUGCAGGACAUUGGGGGCUGGGAGAAUGAUGCUAUUGUUGGUAAAUUUAGGGAUUAUGCUGACCUUAUUUUUAGCCGUCUUGGUCACAAAGUAAAACACUGGGUCACUAUUAAUGAGCCGUACAACGUUGCAAUGGUGGGCCAUGGCUAUGGAGUAGCUGCCCCAGGGAUCAGUUUUCGCCCAGGCACUCUUCCUUACAUUGUCGGCCACAAUCUUAUUAAAGCUCAUGCUGAGGUCUGGCACCUUUACAAUGACAAAUAUCGGGCUGAACAGAAGGGAAUCAUUUCCAUCACAAUCAACUCUGACUGGUCGGAGCCAAGAAACCCCUAUAAGCAAGAGGACAUUGACGCUGCAAGACGUGUAGUACAGUUCUAUAUUGGCUGGUUUGCCCAUCCCAUAUACAAUGGUGACUACAGUGAUGUGAUGAAGACGAUCAUUCAAGAGCGCAGUCUUGCUGCUGGUUUGCCAAAAUCAAGGCUGCCAAAGUUUACCCCAGAUGAGAUUAAGAGAAUUAAAGGGACCUAUGACUAUUUUGGGUUUAACCACUAUACCACAGUUCUGGCUUUCCCUGUGAACUUUGGAAAUCUUCAGCAUUAUGAUGCAGACAGGGGCGCAGGGACCGUCGUUGAUCACACCUGGUUGGAUUCAGGUUCUAGCUGGUUGAAGAUGACACCAUUUGGAUUCCGUAGAAUUUUAAACUUCAUAAAGGAGGAGUAUGGAAAUCCCCCAAUCAUCAUCACUGAGAAUGGAGUUUCUGAGCGAGGACCUGUAAAUUUAAAUGAUAUUCACAGGACUUACUACUAUGAAAAAUACAUCAACCAAGUGCUCAAAGCUUACUUGCAGGAUAAUGUGGAUAUCCGUGGAUACACAGCUUGGUCACUUAUGGACAACCUAGAGUGGGCAACUGGUUUUUCUGAGAGAUUUGGCUUUUACUAUGUCAACCAUUCAAACCCAAACGUACCUCGAAUCGCCAAGGCCUCUGUGUCCACCUACGCUACCAUCAUCAGCUCUAAUGGUUUCCCUGACCCUGCAGAACCUAAUGCCUCUUUGAAGCCUGAACCUGAAGCAACAACUGUCCCUGUCACUGAGGCCCCUGUGAGGUUCCUGGGUCUGAGCCUCUCCAAUGAAGAAGCUGAGACUGGACUUAACGCUACGUUUGCUCUGCUGAUUGUUGCAGCAACUGCAGCCAUUUGUUUAACCAUCGGCUUCGUUUUCACAAAAAGACGCUCAAAGAAAAAUGUAAAUGUUGACUCGGUACAGCUGGAGAGAAAAUUCUAA